CACCAGGACCCAGUAACCCCUGUCCAGCGGGAGGAGGACCCUCCACCACCUCUACCAGUCCAGCCAGGCCGGUCAGUCCACAGCGGUCAGCGGGGAGCAUCAGGCCAGCAGCCAAGCUGGAGGGAGAAGGAGGAGGGGAGCUGGAGCUGCAGCAGGGGCCCUCAGGGGCCGAGGGCCCGGGCUUCAUGUUGAGGUACAGAGGCUGUGGUACCUCUGCUACAGAUGCUGAUGGCACCACUACGGAGCAGAUGGCUCCUAGAGAGCAGGAGGAGGAUGUGAUCUCAGACGGCCACACACACAACGGGGUGACUCUGAGGAGACCCAAUGCGCUGGAGUUGCAGAAAAUGACUGAUGGAGAGGAGGGAGAGAGAGAGAUGGACUCUACAUCGACGGGGGAGGAGGACUUCAAGACUUCAGACGAGGGCUUCAUGGGCAUGACACCGCUACUACAGGCCCACCACGCCAUGGAGAAGAUGGAGGAGUUCGUUCACAAGGUAUGGGAAGGUCGGUGGCGUGUUAUUCCCCAUGACGUGCUGCCUGAGUGGCUGAAGGACAACGAGUAUCUCCGCCACGGACACCGGCCACCCAUGCCCUCCUUCAGGGCCUGCUUCAAGAGCAUCUUCAGGAUCCACACGGAGACGGGCAACAUCUGGACUCACCUGCUGGGCUGUCUGUUCUUCCUGUGCCUGGGCAUCAUGUAUAUGUUCCGCUCCAACAUGUACUUUGCUGCCCCGUUCCAGGAGAAGAUAGUGAUCGGUAUCUUCUUCAUCGGAGCCAUCCUGUGUCUCUCCUUCUCCUGGCUCUUCCACACCGUCUACUGCCACUCCGAGGGCGUCUCGCGCGUCUUCUCCAAACUGGACUACUCAGGCAUAGCCUUCCUGAUCAUGGGCUCCUUUGUCCCCUGGCUCUACUACUCGUUCUACUGCUCUCCCAACCCCAGGCUGAUCUACCUGGUAGUCGUCUGUAUACUAGGAGUCUCUGCCAUCGUUGUCUCGCAGUGUGACUUCUUCGCUAAGCCACAGUACCGCGGCGUCAGAGCAGGAGUGUUUGUAGGUCUGGGUCUGAGCGGUGUGGUCCCCACCCUGCACUUUGUCAUCACCGAGGGCUUGCCGAGAGCCACUACUAUGGGUCAGAUGGGCUGGCUCCUCCUCAUGGCUACGCUCUACAUCUCUGGAGCCUGCAUCUAUGCAGCACGGAUCCCAGAGAGGUUCUUCCCAGGGAAAUGUGACAUCUGGUUCCACUCUCAUCAGUUGUUCCACAUCCUGGUGGUGGCGGGAGCGUUCGUCCAUUUCCACGGCGUGUCCAACCUGCAGGCGUUUCGCUACGCGGCCGGGGCGGGAUGUGAGGUGGACAAUGCCCUGUGAAGCUCCUGCACGCCACGCCGACACACCACCAGGGGGAGACACACACACACACACACACACACACACACACACACAGACACGGGAGACUGAUGAACGCUCAUAUACACACACACACACACUGGAGACACAAACACUGACUCCCCCGUAGCGACCCGUCUCUCUUUGUACAGGAUACCCCUUAGAGGACACAUGAAAAAAAAGACAAGGUUUUCUUUUCAGUUGGAAAAAAUGACCUACGUCUCAUUUGUUUUUCUCCUCUCUCCAUCUUGUUUUGAUUAACUGCAUCAAGGGUUUUUUGACAUUUUGGAGACUGGUCCCCCCCCCCCCCUCAAAAAAAGAAGUAGUGUGAAUUUUGAGUAAUCUGUUGACGUGAUCAUGGUUGUUAUGAUUAUCAUAAUUCUAAACGUGCUCACGGUGCAAAGCAAGAAAACUAUUAAAUGGUGGGGGUUUCUUAAUGCCAUGGUGGUGGGGGUUUCUUAAUACCAUAGUAGUGGAAGGAAGGAAAACAUUACAAAAAAAGAAAAUACUUUUUUUUUUCAUGAAAAGGGUGGGCAUGGAGUGGGGGUUGGGGAGGCUAGCCGCUUUUCAACGUUUUUCAUGUAUAUAAGAUUUCUAAAUUGGGGUUAUAUAGAUUUGUAUUAAAUAUAUAUCAUAAAAAAAUAAAAAAAUGUAAUAAGAUAAUUACGAGAUAUUGAAGAAAACAAAUCUGGAAAGAUGAUGUGGCAACAACCAAGAAACCACCAUUAUGUAUAAACCAGUCAUUUGACCAGAGGGGGGAAGUAAGGGGUGAAUAUAGGAGAACCACACACUGUUGAAGGGAGCUAUCGCACAAAGAGUUGAGACGUGUGAAGGGGAGAGGGAGAUCAACUUCAUAACGAGGGAGGCGGGUCGGCAAUCUCCCCGGCGCUACAAGGGUUAAACCCUAGGGUGGAAAUACGACCCGUGAUUGGCUGAAGUAGAGCCCCAGUUGACAAAUCAGGUGCGGAAGUCUGUUCAUAUUCUUUUCAAAAAUAUCUUGACGUCUAGCUACUUUGUCUCAUUCCGUUAGACCGUGACAUCUAGUGCGUCAUCCCAACAGUCAACAUGACCCUUCCUUCCUAACAUUAGAAACCAACGUCAGGGUGCAUCCAAAAUGGCACCCUAUUCCCUAUAUAGUGCACUACUUUUGACCAGAGCCCAGCAUAGGUCAAACGUAGUACACAAUAUAGGGAAUUAGGGUGCCGUUUCUGAUGCAUUUUAGUUUCUCGAACCCUAAGUGAAACCAACAUCAUCAGUGAGAAGCCAGUGUCUAUCCCCUUAUCAAGUGAGCCUAGACUCUUUUUUUUUUUGGUCUGGCAUAAAGUGACUUUGUACUACGUUUUGUGUAAAUUGUGUGAUUCAUUGACUUUAAGACUACGUCCCAAAUGGUACCCUAUUCCCUAUAUAGUGCACUACUUUUGACCAGGUAGUGCACUAUAUAGGGAAUAGGGUGCCAUUUGGGAGGGAAUAGGGUGCCAUUUGGGACCCGGAAAUAAAAACAGAUCAAUAUUUCAGAACAGAAAAUGCAUCUCAAAAUGUUUGAUUAUUAUUUUGUAUGCUAUUAUUUAGUUAAAUAUUCAUCACCACAGGCUUUAAGUUCAUUUGUUCUUUCUUUCUCCACAACCGUUGCGAUUGUCUGUUUUUUGGGAGGUUUUCUAUUCUCUUUUAAAGGGUGUGUAUGUGAUUGAAAAGAUUGAAACAUGUAAUACCAGAUUGACUUAGAGGGGCGUCACAAUCACUGUCCUGUUUCUACGGUGAGGCUCUGGGUAUCUGUUUGGAGCUUUGUGUAUUAGGGCUCGAUUCAAUCCAUUGCCGAAGUUCGGCGCUAUAGCGCGAUUUGAAAUUUAAAAGCAAUCUUCCCGCGGAGACUGCAUUCGUGGUAAACGCUGCAUAUGUCGGCUCAAUGGGAUGUGAACUUCGGCGAUAUGUAUUGAAUUGAGCCCUUAGUUAAUGUGUAUCAGAUCUACUUUCUAGACAUGCAUCUAUGCCACGGUGCAUAGCCGUGCUGAGGCUGAGAGCCUUCUCUCUCCACUUCAGAUUCAUCCGCCACACACCCGCUCAGUCUAACUGCUUCUGUACCUGUCGCUCAAGCUAUAACACUAACAGACAUGUAUUCGUUGUGAAGAUAUACAUGCGGUGCAUUUGAGACCUUGAUCUCAGUUUCACUAGAGAACCUAGCUUGGUUGCCAGGUCAGUAUGUGCUUUAGCCAACCAAUGCCAUAAAAUUGAAAGUCAGAAGUUUGCUUAAGCCUGUACAGGUCUGGCAACUAGGCUAGACCAGACGGUGGUGUCAGAUCUCAACUCCUCGACAACACAUAGAGUUAUAUGGAGUGCUUCAUUUGAUCCUCUAUUGGAGUUAAAAAGCUUAUAUAAACAUAAUCAGGGAGGCAGUUUCCACUCUUGACUCUUUUAGGAGGAAGGAGAUUUUCCCCCUUCUGUCCUUCUCUUGGGUUUGGGUCCUUGAUAGCCUGGUCCCAGAUCUGUUUGUGCUAUCUUGCCAACUUAUUGUCAGACUGUGACCAUAGGAGUUGGCUAGAUGGCACAAAGAGAUCUGGGACCAGGCUAGGUCCUUAAUGCUCUGUGUUGAGACUAUAGAUUUCUUAACUUAUCAAUCUUCAGCCCAGAGUUACGAGGCCUUCGUUUCAUUGUGACAGUUCAACAGAAAAAACAAUAGGAAAAUGGCUGUUUUUGUUUUAUUUAUUUUAAAUUUAAUUUCUUUAUUUUUGUGUUUAGUUUUUCUUUUGGGAAGUGCAUAUUGUUUGUUGUUGAAGCACACGUCCAGUGGUGACAGUGUGAUUGCAAUAGGCCUUUAUAUCUGCUGUGUUGUUCUAAUAAAAGGUUUUGGAUUCUG